UAAAGAAGCAAAAAAUAAAUCUGUUUUGGUGUAAUUACUAGUUAGAUGUAGCAAAACAAAAAUAUAGUCAGAAUUCAAUAUAACGAACCCUCCAAUUCACUGAAAAAAAAAUCGCUAUACCGAAAUUUAUAAGUUUGAAAUAUACCGAUUUUUAUAUAUGUAAGAAAAAAAUCGCUUUAUCGUGAAAUUCGUUAUAUCGUAUAGUUCGCUAUAUCAAGUUCUGACUAUAUUCCGUCUUUCUCUACCUUUUAAGGUUGGACCGGAAAGAAAAACAGUGUGAAAAAUGUGGAGAUUUUUUUUUUUAGAAAAUACUGAUUAUCAUAAUCUUUCCCUUUAAUAUUUAGAGAAACUUUUGAUUCGUAACUGCGUGGUAACUAUAUAGUAAUCGAAUGCCAAGAUAUCAUAGAUAUCUGAUAUGGUUUCACCAUACCAUAUAUACAAUGAAGGUCAUAUCAUACUCUAUCUUAUAUUCUCUAAUAGUCAUAUCAUAUCGUACCCGUACCGUAAUUAUUAAGUCAAUACACCAUAAAGUCAAUGAGUAUAUAACAUCAAUAUUCUUAAAGUCAACGAAUAUGUAUACUGUAUAUAUAUAUCAUAUUAUUAUAUACGGGCGACCGAAGAAGAAAAAAAAAGGUGAGAAAUGAGAAUCGAUCAAAGAUUGAAAAACUUUAUGAUAUAUUAAUUAUAUUAAAGAGUUUUUUCACAAAUUUCUUUUUUUA